CGCUAUACUUAUACAGCGGUAAACACACAACUAGUUUAGUCAAGGCUGAUACGCCAUUCAGUCUACAUUGUAGGUCCGUACAAAGUAGGUUGAACGAAAAAGUUUUUAAGUGAAUUAAAAAGGAGUUUGUGUUCUAAAUGUGAAUAGUUUGAGUUUAUGCUAAAAUGAAGCUCCACACAGUUCUACUCCUAGCCAGCAUAUCCUGCACGUUUGGGUACCACAUCCUAGUGCCUGUGCCAGUACCCUCGCACAGUCACAACCAGCUCGCCAAGGGCAUAGUUGAUGCUCUGCUUAAGCAUGGGCAUACGGUGACAUGGGUAACUCCUUUCCCAGAGAAAGCAGGCAAGAACCCGCCGAAGACAUUGAAACUGAUUGAUUUAUCCCAUAUCAAACAUUUAGCAGAUAUCGACAUGACAGACCCCAAGAACACACAAGGAGGCAUUACCUUCGUGAAGCAGUUCUCAGCGAACAUCUCCUUAGCUAUGAUGAACACGCCGGCAGUCAAGGAGGCGAUCACAAAGAACCAGUACGAUGCCGUCGUCACUGAGCUGUUCUUCUGUGAUUUUAUGGCUGGGCUCGCAGCCGUCCAACAGGCUCCCUGGAUAGUCCUGGUGGCCAUGGACUUGUACCCCAACGCGGAGGCUCAGAUCGACGAGGUGCGCUCAGUCUCCACCACGCCGCUGCUGUUCAACCCGGCUGAUGUGCCCAUGUCCUUCCUGAAGAGAGCCGUCAACUUCAUCAUUUAUAUCGCCAUGACUGUUUCUGGCUGGUUGGACCAAGCAAAAACUGUGGAACUCUACGAAUCAAUCUUCGGUCCCAUAGCGGCGGCCCGCGGUGUCGCCCUCCCCCCCUUCGAAGACGCCUUCUAUAACGUGUCUAUCAUGUUGGUGAACUCCCACGAGUCCAUCUCCCCUCCGUUCAGUACCCCCCCUAACGUUGUGAACAUCGCUGGCUACCAUAUUGAUGAGAAUAUCCCGCCGUUGCCUAAGGACUUACAAGACCUAAUGGACGGCUCCCCACAAGGAGUGAUCUACUUCAGCAUGGGCUCAGUGCUAAAGUCAGCGGCCUUCAAGCCAGAACUCCGAGCGGCUUUGCUGAAGAUAUUCGCUAAGUUACCUUACACCGUGCUGUGGAAGUUCGAGCAGCCGAUCUCUGAUCUGCCUCCUAAUGUACAUGUGAGGCCGUGGAUGCCGCAACCUAGUAUAUUAGCCCACCCCAACGUGAAACUCUUCAUCACCCACGGAGGUCAGCUCAGCUCCCUGGAAGCGAUCUCCGCCGGAGUGCCAGUCCUCGCCAUCCCGGUGUUCGGAGACCAGCCCUCGAACGCUGAGCGUGCCAAGAAGAAGGGAUAUGCUCUGAGGGUGGACUUCUCGCCUGACAUGGCUCCGGAGGUCGAAGCGGCGCUUAAUGAGAUGUUGGGCAGUGACAAAUACUAUAACCGAGCGAAAUAUUUAUCCAAGAUCUUCAGGAACCGUCCUGCAAAGCCUUCUGAUCUCAUCAACCAUUAUGUUGAACUGGCCAUCGAGACCAAAGGAGCACACCACCUUCGCUCGCUCUCGCUCAAAUACAAAUGGUACGAGCGCUGGAUGCUCGACUUCGUGCUCGCUGUGCUCGCAGUGCUCGCGGCGCUUCUUUUGCUCGUGAUCUUCGCAGUUAAAAAAUGUAUUAGAAAAGUAACUGGUACAAAAACGUACAAGCCGGCGAGUAAAAAGAAGAGGAAUUAAUUUUAAGUAAUUUUUUG